AUGGGGACUGCAGCGGCUGCUGCGGCGGCGGCCGGGGAGGGGGCGCGCAGCCCGAGCCCCGCCGCCGUGUCGCUCGGCCUGGGCGUGGCCGUGGUGUCGAGCCUGGUGAACGGGUCCACCUUCGUGCUGCAGAAGAAGGGCAUCGUGCGCGCCAAGCGGCGAGGUACCUCCUAUUUAACAGACAUUGUGUGGUGGGCAGGAACAAUUGCAAUGGCUGUUGGCCAGAUUGGAAACUUCCUGGCUUACACGGCGGUCCCCACAGUCCUGGUGACUCCUCUUGGUGCCCUUGGAGUGCCAUUUGGGUCCAUUUUAGCUUCUUACCUUCUGAAAGAAAAGCUCAACAUCUUGGGCAAGUUGGGGUGUCUACUAAGCUGUGCGGGUUCUGUCGUGCUGAUUAUCCACUCCCCGAAAUCUGAGAGUGUGACCACUCAGGCCGAGCUGGAGGAGAAGCUGACCAACCCAGUGUUUGUGGGCUAUCUGUGCAUCGUGCUGCUGAUGCUGCUGCUGCUUAUCUUCUGGAUCGCGCCGGCCCACGGGCCCACCAACAUCAUGGUCUACAUCAGCAUCUGCUCCUUGCUGGGGAGUUUCACCGUGCCUUCCACUAAGGGCAUUGGGCUGGCAGCCCAAGACAUCUUCCACAACAACCCGUCUAGUCAGCGUGCCCUCUGCCUGUGCCUGGUGCUCCUGGCCGUGCUUGGCUGCAGCAUCAUCGUCCAGUUCAGGUACAUCAACAAGGCCCUCGAGUGCUUCGACUCCUCUGUGUUUGGGGCCAUCUACUACGUUGUGUUCACCACGCUGGUCUUGCUGGCCUCGGCCAUCCUCUUCCGGGAGUGGAGCAACGUGGGUCUGGUGGACUUCCUGGGCAUGGCCUGCGGGUUCACCACCGUCUCCGUUGGGAUUGUCCUUAUACAGGUGUUCAAAGAGUUCAACUUCAACCUUGGGGAGAUGAACAAGUCUAAUAUGAAAACAGACUAGGAUGUAACAGGGGGUUGGAUGGCUUGAGGAACAGGAAAUGGAUGCGGCUUCUGGUCCUGAUUUGUUGUGAAGUAGAAGAGACCGUACAUCGCUGGUGUUGGAGUUGCCUGUAUAUUAACGGAUGGGCUGGUGGAGAGUGAGGAUACGUUGCUCAGCACUGGGGUGGGGGCCCAGCCUUCUGUACUCUGAAGCUGCUCAGUGGUUGCCUGGGUGUCAUCUCUCUCUGAUGAGAGGAAUCUUACGUUCAUUGCCAUUAACCUGGAAGCUUUCAUGAAUACUCUUUGCUUUUAAAACACUUCAUCAUUAUUUAAAUAGAAUGGGCCUUUUCUGAUUAAUCUUUG